GGAGGCACCGGAAGUUGCGUCUUCCUUCCUGCAGAAGCAGCGCUCUGGCUGAGACAAAGCUAGAAGUUAGCCAUGUCAACUGUUGAGGAGCCCUCCAGUGAACCCCUGGGGGUUAAAGAGCAGAAAGAGCUGGAUGUAGAUGUCGGGGACCACUUCGGGGACAGUUAUGGCGCCGACUCAACCCGAUACAUUUUUUACAGAGACCGGAAGGAGUGGGCUGAUCUGGAGCCUGUUCCGCAAGACGACGGACCAAAUCCCGUAGUGAAGAUCGCCUACUCUGACAAGUUUGCUGAUGUUUAUGACUAUUUCCGCGCGCUCCUAAAGAAGGACGAAAGGAGCGAGAGGGCUUUCGCUCUGACAGCCGACGCCAUCGACCUGAACGCAGCAAACUACACAGUGUGGCACUACAGGCGAGUUCUGCUCCAAGCUCUGUCUAAGGACCUGAGGGAGGAGAUGAAAUACAUCACCAACAUCAUCGAGGAGCAGCCCAAGAACUACCAAGUCUGGCAUCACAGGCGCAUGGUGGUGGAGUGGCUGAACGACCCCUCAGCGGAGCUGCAGUUCAUCGCAGACAUCCUCAGCCAGGAUGCCAAGAACUACCAUGCCUGGCAACACAGGCAGUGGGUCAUCCAGGAGUACAAGCUGUGGGACAACGAGCUGGACUUUGUGGAGAGUCUUCUAGAUGAAGACGUGCGGAACAACUCGGCGUGGAACCAGAGGCACUUUGUCAUUUCUCACACCACGGGCUUCUCUGACCCGGCCAUCGUGCAGAGAGAGAUACAGUAUUGUCUGAACCAGAUCAGGAAGGCUCCUCACAACGAGAGCGCCUGGAAUUAUUUGAAAGGGAUGCUGCAGGACAGAGGCCUCUCGUCUCAACCGGGCCUGCUGGAAAAGGUCCUGGAGCUGAAAGAGACGCACUGCUCGCCCUACCUCCUCGCUUUCCUCUUCGAUUGCUAUGAAGACGCUUUGGAGUCCAGCUUCCAAAAGGAAAAUCUGGAGCAGGAACAUAAGGAGACGCUAAAAAAGGCUCUGGAGAUCUGUGAGCUUCUGGCCCAGGAGAAGGACACCAUUCGUAAGGAGUACUGGCAGUUUUUGGGACGUUCACUACAGAACAAAUACGGAGCAGACGGCCUCUCGAAUGAGGAAACCAAGCCGGCCGAGACCCAGGAGGCCAGCUAGAGCUCCACGUUAACACUCCCCUCCAUGUUCCAUUAACAUUAACCAACACAUGGAGUUUGAUAUCGUUGUAAAGUCUUCUGUAAAUCCCUUCAGUCUUGGAGUAAACAUGUCACUUAGACUGUAUACUCUGUAUAAAUAUUAACUCCCUGUUCUUGCUUAUUUCAUCUGAAACAGUUUAAAGUAGUUAUUUUUUUUAUAUAUCAUUACACAUCUUAUGUGUGUGAAAGGACUCUUUGCUUUUGUUUGCACAACAGCAUCCAAACUGCAGCUUAGAGGGUUGAUAACUGGUGAUAAAUCGGUGGCAGAAAAGAUAAACAGGACUUUAACUUGGCUGCUAGCUUGCAAACUAACGUGGAAGAUUAUUAGUGUGAGUGGAAGGGUAAGUCAUGUUUAAACAUAACUUUAGUUAAAAUACUGACAGUUGUUAGCAGAACCUUUUCCUUCUGUGACAAUAAAGCAGCUGAGCAAUAAAACACUACCGUGCUGCUGGAC